AAUACAUGGUAGCAACCAUUUUAUUGUCGUGUAAAAAUAUUAUGAAAAAUGAAAAAAAUCACAAAAUUGAUCAAACUCGAAAUUGUACACAAACGAAAAUUAAAAUGGUAAAUAUUUAUGAAACUAAAUCGUUUAAGCAAAUCUUCUACUUCACAUCAACCAACAGGUCAAAACACCAUACAAACAAUUCAGGAUGUCACCAACACAAUUAACCAUCAAGGUGAAUGCCUUAAAGAGACUUAUCAAAGAAGAGACAUUAUAUCAACAAGAAGUCAAUGAACAAGAAAGCUAUGUUGAAAGUAUGAAAUCUAAUAAUGGUGAUGAAUAUGAAAUUAAAAAACAAGUUGAAGUAUUGGAUGAAAGUAAACGUAUGAUCACUGAAUUGAAAAAGAAACUUGUGAGUUAUACUGAUGAUUUGAAGACGUUUGUUGAGAAUUAUACUGGUGAUGAAGAUUUAUCAAGUGCAAAGGAAUUAUUGGUAUAGAGUUAGAUCAUAUUACUCGUCAAGAUAUAUUGAAAUUUGUAUAUACAUAUAUUACGAAAGAUGAAUUUUAUAUUUUUAACAUUACUUAUAAACAAAAUAAAAGAAUAAGAUUAUAUUAGAUGAUUG